UUGUUAAAAACCGUGAGUGAGUCUUGUUGUUUUGCAUUUUACUUCUGAGUUUUAUUUGUGAAAAAUUGUGAUAGACUCGCGUGUGGUAAAAAUUCUAGUAAAAUACGAUGACAGAACUUCAAACUGUAACAAAUGAAGAUACGGUGCAUGCUUUAUUUUUCUCUUCAUUAUCAAAUUCUGAUAGUGUUUACUGGGAAACCAUGUGUAAAGAAAUAAAUUUAACUCUCAAAACUCUUGCAACUGGAUACAUAUGGCAUAGAGAUGAGUUCAAAGUGUGUUUGCCUAUUCUCAAUGACGAAAAUUGCGCUCUGCCAAUGCAUCUUAUUGCUUCUACUUGCUUCGGAGACAACAUUGAAGAUGAAUGGUUCAUUGUUUACCUUAUUAUGGAAUUAAGCAAAAAAUACUCAGAAUUGAUUAUCCAAAUAAUAGAUAAUGAUGGAGACUUUAUGCUUAUAGAGGCAGCUGACUAUUUACCAAAAUGGGCUAAUCCAGAAACCACUGAAAAUCGCGUUUUCAUAUUUAAAAAUGAAAUAAAUUUAAUUUCUCCUGAUCUGGCAAGUUUUAAAAAUAAACUAAGUGUCAAUGAUGCAAUAGAAUUACUUGUGAAAUUUCCGGAAAAAACAAGAGCAUUACCUGAAAUCAAAAAUACUAUAAUAACCAGAAUUGGUUCAUAUCCAGAAAAAAUUAAAGAAAAUAUUCAAAGAGUGAUAGUCCGUUUGCCAUUAGAAAUUGCUGCAGUACUUAAGUUAAAACCAGCUCUCAUUGCACCAAUUGUUACUACAUAUUGUAAUCAUGACAUUAUUGAUGUGAAAUCAGUUGGAAACAUAGAUUUGAGUGAUUAUGUCUAUGUUGAAGUAAAUUUCACUAAAUGUCUUUAUGCAAUGCUCAUGCAUUCUAAACUUAUACGAAGUGUGAAACAUAAAAUAUCAGCUGAAGCUAAAAGAGAUGAACUAGGAUUCAAAAUUACCUUUGGGUUUCAAAUGUUAAUGAAAACAGCAGCCAAAGAUAUAUUUUGUUCUAAAGAGUUUAUUAAGUAUAAAAACAAUUUAAAAGAGAAUGGAUAUUUCAGAAACAAUAUUGAACAUUCAAAGGAAUAUAAUUAUUUACUAGAAAAAGCAAAGAACUAUUUCUUUGAGAUGGAGUGCCCUGUUAGCACUUAUGUGUCCAACAAUGUGUCAAGCAUAAUGGCGACAGGAGAGUUUUUAAAAUGCAAGGAAUCUUUGAAAGAGCACAAUAAAACUGACAGUAGUCUCAAUGAAGAUAAUGAUGAUUGGUUAAGUAUUGAACCUAGUCAGUUAAAUAAUAUGCUAAAUAAUCGUUAUGGUAACAGUGUGAAAUUCAAUAAUGAUGAUAUUGUAACACCUGAAACUAUAACAACAAAAUUGACAGAUUUUUUAAAACAAUCUUCAGAUUUUGAAGGCGUUGACACUAAAGAAAAGAAUGAUUUAGAAAGCAAAAAUAUUAACUUCGAUGCUAAUGAAUUUAUCAAUUGUUUAGAAAAGAUGAUGGAUUUAGUUUCGGUUGAUAUGCACUCUUCUUCUGAAACCGAUUCCGAUUUUGAAGACAAUCUAACAGAUGCUGAGCUUGAUGAAGAACUUGCUAAUAAACUUAAAUCCUACGACGUAAAUAGAAGUGACGGAAAUAAAGUCAUGUUUAAUUUAACUCAAAGUAUUAAAGAGGAAGGAGUUUCUGGACCUUCUAGUAACUUGCUUUCAAGUAUAGGAAUAAAUAAAACCGAUUUAUUAGACUCUGAUGAUGAUUAAAAACCAUAUUGCAAAUAA